UUGCCUCAUAUUUUUCCCGCCAGUGGGCAGACACUUUCAUUGUUUCCCUGCACAACUUCUUGAGUGUCGUCUUUCAGUGCAUGCCUGUGCCAGUAAUCUUGAAUUUUGAGACAGAAUGUCAAAGAAGUAAUCUCCUACAGGAAGAAAAUGAAAUCUUACGCCAGAAGGCAGAGCACUCCCGGCUCAAGAAAGAGGAACAGCAGCAGCAACAACAAGAGGAGGAGGAAUUGAUACUCCAACACAAGCUUCCUUCUUAUGUGGCAAACAUGGACCAUCUGGGGGAUACAGAACUUGACAUGACAUGUAGCCAAAGGAACACAGCUCAUUCUCUCCAGGCCCGAGGGGGGUUCCUGUCUUCCUUGUUGUCUCAAGGCAAAAAAGGGGCGUCUAGAGCUUCACAGACAACAGGAAUCGCACCAACGCAGACCGUCCUGACUCCUCCAGGGAAGAAAGAGCAGUCGAGCCAACAGAGCAUCAAAGGGAAGGAAACGUCAAUCAGCUGCAGGGAAUCCAAAAGUCAUUUCAGUAGCCUGGUGACAACAGAGUCCAGCUCAGUCCAACAGCGUCAGAGGCGCCUGCAGGACCACGGGAAGGAAAGGAAAGAGCUCUUGUCCAAAACAACGUCCCAGGGCCAGAAUAUUGAGCGGAAGAGUGAACCUAUUUCUACUGAACAAGACCCAUCCCCUGAAAUGCCACCUGAACAAGCCGAAACCCUGACAAAAGCUUUUGGGUCUAGCAGCGAUGCUGGAACCAUCAGACAGGAACAGCCAUUCAUUGUCUUAAGCCAGGAAGAGUAUGGCGAACACCACUCGUCCAUCAUGCAUUGCCGGGUUGAUUGCUCUGGUCGAAGAGUGGCCAGCCUGGAUGUGGAUGGAGUCAUCAAGGUCUGGUCUUUCAACCCCAUGAUGCAGACAAAAGCUUCCUCCAUUUCGAAGUCUCCCCUACUCUCCUUAGAAUGGGCAACCAAACGGGAUAGAUUGUUGUUGCUGGGUAGUGGAGUUGGAACUGUUCGUCUUUAUGACACUGAGGCAAAGAAGAACCUUUGUGAAAUCAGUAUUGAUGAAGAUAUGCCCAGGAUCCUCUCCCUUGCGUGUAGCCCAAGCGGGGCUUCCUUUGUGUGUUCGGCAGCAGCGUCUGGCCUUGUCAACCAGCUAGACUACACAGCUCCCGAUUCUGGAGGGAAAGGCGCAAAUCAAGUCCCAGGGAAACUGCUUCUCUGGGACACGAAAACCAUGAAGCAGCAGCUCCAGUUUUCCCUUGAACCAGAGCCCAUUGCUAUAAACUGCACAGCCUUCAACCACAAUGGGAAUCUGUUGGUCACUGGAGCAGCGGAUGGCGUCAUCCGUCUCUUUGAUAUGCAGCAGCAUGAAUGUGCAAUGAGUUGGAUGGCCCAUGAUGGGGAGGUGUAUUCAGUUGAAUUCAGCUAUGAUGAGAAUGCUGUUUAUAGUAUUGGAGAAGAUGGGAAGUUUAUUCAAUGGAACAUUCACAAAAGUGGCUCGAAAGUGUCUGAAUAUGCCCUCCCCAGAGAUGCCACCGGUCCUUUUGUGUUGUCUGGCUACAGUGGAUACAAGCAAGUCCAGUUCCCGCGUGGACGUCUUUUUGCCUUUGACUCUGAGGGAAACUACAUGCUGACCUGCUCUUCCACUGGAGGUGUUAUCUACAAGCUGAAUAGCAAUAACAAGGUCCUGGAGAGCUGCCUCUCCCUCGGCGGUCACAGGGCCCCGGUGGUCACAGUGGACUGGUGCACAGCUAUGGAUUGUGGGACCUGCCUGACAGCCUCUAUGGAUGGGAAGAUCAAACUAACCACUCUUCUGGCACAGAAGUCUUAAGGGAGACUGCAGUGCUAGAAAAGCACAAGAUACGGACUUGGGGUGGGAAUCAGGAGUCGACCAGUAUUAACCAUUUAGAAUCAAGCAGCUGCAGAGAGGAAAGAGAAAUCCAACCACUUGUCUUAACGUUGCUUUCCCCUCUAGGUCAGAAACCUUUUUACAAAAAAGAUGUUGAUGCCAAACCACUGCCAGUUAAGAGUUUCAGUUACAGUAGUUCCCUCAAAUAAGGGAUGCUCUUAUCAGGCAUGCACUGAUCCCAAACUCCUUUUGAAGAGGACCAACACGGAAAGAGAAAGAAAGAAAGAAAGAAAGAAAGAAAGAAAGAAAGAAAGAAAGAAAGAAAGAAAGAAAGAAAGAAAGAAAGAGAAAGAAAGAUUUUUUCCCCCCUUGGGCCUGCCGAACUACGUGGACAUAACGCUCCAGGACUAUUUUGAGAGGUGGGUGCAGAUUUGCAUUGGUUCCAGCAAAGGGGGCAGGGAAGCCCAGCAGUAUUCUGUCUGUUCCUGCAUUUCUUAUGAAAAUAAAUAUUGGACUGCA